AUGACCACCCUACCAACUUCCAUUCCCCCUCUUCCCAUCUCACUCAUUACAACCCUCCUUCCACACCUCUUACCACCUUCACCACUCCCCCAGGAAUUCUUGUCCAAGACACUCCUCCAGCGUCUGCUGUACCUACCUCCCUCUCUAUCCGAUCUCGACUCCCACCUUUCGCCUUUCCCUUCCAACGAUUCGCAGCCGGUCUCAACGAGGUUGAACGAGCUGUGUCAUGGGCAUCGGUUAAGCCAUGUACGGUAUACGAAAGAGGGAGAAGAAGUAUAUGCGAGGAUACCGAUCUUACCUGAACUUGACAGUACGACGGAUGGAAGUGUGGAAAUUUGGUUUGAAUAUGAAUAUGGGAACUCGGAAAGUAGAGGAUGGGUGUAUCAUUCUGCUCGUUUACCUUCAAGCACACAACAUCACUUUGUAUCGACUCCGGAACAACUAGUGAAUCUGCUCAAUGAAGCUGAACAGAACGGUAUGGAUGAUGCUGGUGAGGUUAAUGGGGAUAAUGAAGCGCCCGAGGGAUAUUGGACAGCCUUUGAUUCUCCCACUUCGUCCCCUUCGCCCCAUACAGAUAUACUAGACGAUCAACAUGUAGAAGAUGCUUAUUGGGCACAGUAUUCUCGACCAGCCACUGCACCUAUAACACCAGGUAUACAUACGCCUUUCCAUCACUCGAAAUCACCUCCAGCAGUGGAUAGUCACGAAGAACAAGCUAAGAGAUUGACUGAAAGUCUAAAAGCUUUAGGAUUGAAUGGUGGAUCGGAGGCGGAUACGCAGAAUGGGUAUUCGAAGGUGCAUACGGAAGGGAAGAGGGGGUUCUGGAUAGACGAGGACGAAAAAGAGGAGAAAAAUCAUAUUGAGGAUGUUCAGAAAAACCAAACACAAAUCGAGAAAGCAACUCAGAAUCAAACUGAAUUGAGUGACGUCAGACAAAAAGAGGAGACUGUCGAAGAAUCAGAGUCAGGUAACCAGGUGAAAGAUCGACUUAGAUGUAAGAUCUUAGUUUCUCUCAAUUACAUAUGGAAAGAACAUAUAGAAGGAUCGAACGAGCUAGAUCUGGAAAUCAAAGCGAUGGAAUGGUUGAAUCUUGGUAAAGUGGCUAUUCAAGAUCACAACCACUCGCAUUCACCGCUGUUACCGCAUAGCGAAAAGGGAGAUAUCAUUGUUGGGAAACUAGAAAUACUGUUUGAAAUGUAUCAGAUCUUAAGGGAGAAUGAAGAGAAGGAUAGCUUCUACAGAUUGUUGGAAGGUACGAUUAGGAAAUCACCUAGUCUGGGAGAUCACCAGGAUGAAUUUGAUGAGGUCCAUAGACAAAACACUUAUUAUGAAUAG